CUGCGUGGCGGGUCGCACCUAAAGGUAGCCGGUGACCUCUGGCUGCAUCUGGGCUUAGGUGCGUGUGGCGGAGGGUCAGGGUUUGCUUUUGCCCCAGAGGGGAUUAAUGCCGGCGUGAAGUCGAGAACGCGUGGGAGGGCCCUCCAACCUCAGUCCUGCCUCUCCUGGCGGGGCGGGCGGUUUUUUUUUUUUUUCUCCUUUCGGGCGCACCUUUUCCGCCGUCUUUUCUCGACGGUUGCCUGAGGACGUGCCUUGCUGUCUUCUCUUUCGACAUAAUUUCCACAUUUCCUCCUUAACUCAGCGGAAAAAGGAGAUUUAAUUCUUGAAGAACAUGGAAUUGGCCAAUGAGAGACUAAGAAAGGAGCUGGAGGAGGAGUUGAAACUUGGUACUGAACAGUUGUGCAGCCAUGCAUGGUACCAUGGUUGCCUGCCACGGAAGGAGGCAGAAUCUAUGUUGCAGAAUGAUGGGGAGUUCUUGAUCCGCGAUUCACGCUCUAGCCUGGGUGAUUAUGUCUUGUCAUGCCACUGGGGAGGACAGGCCCUGCACUUCAAGAUAAUUCGUGUGGUACUUCGUCCCCGAAAGGGCUAUUCUCGCACCCUUUUCCAAUUUGAACAGGAGCAGUUUGAUAAUGUACCUGCCCUGGUGCGCUUUUAUGUGGGCAACCGGAAGAUCAUCUCAGAUAUUUCGGGAGCUGUGGUGUCUCGACCAGUCAACAGGAAUGUACCACUUCGCUGUCUGAAGGAGCGUUUCAGUGACACUGGGAGGCCUCCUGGUGCAUUGAAGGAGGAAGAAGCACCUCUUCGACGGUUCAGUUUUCGUUCUGCCACAGCUGGAGAACAAAUAGGAGACGGAAACUUGCUCCGAACAAAAGAUCGAAGUGGAAGUGACCCCAGUAGCCUAGAUCAGCUGGGCCAGAGACCUUCAUUGCAUGGUGCCCAAUCAGACAGCAACCUAUUGACUGGAAGCCCAGAAACAUCACCUGGAGACCAGGACCGAACCCAACCCCCUCCUUUGUCUCCUGCCUUUCGCACAGGCAGUGACCCUGUCCUCCGGGCAAGUGCCUCAGCAUCUCAUCUGCUGGAAGGUUUGGGACUGAGCGGUUCGGAGGGGCGGCUUCAUUCCAAAGCUCCCCCAAAGCCCCUGAGGGCCCCUUCCAUGCUGAUGAGUGACUACUGUGAACUGGUUCCUAAGGUUCCUCAGGGGCCCCGAAGCCAUGUGGAGCGCUUGCAGACGGAAGAGAGAUGGCGUGGCCGGGCUCACAUUACAGAGACUGCUUUUGGUUUCCUGGACUCUGUUGAAGCUCCUUUCCCUUCUCCCCAGUCAGAGGAGACAGAAGAGGAACCAGGGUUUGAGCGCCCGCUGCUAGAGACCGUUUCCUCCUUCCAGCUUCAGCACUUUAACUCAUUGCUUUUGACCCCGAACAACAAGCCCCUGGACCCGGGCACACUCCAGCACCUCAAGGACAUUUUUGCUACUCAUGAUUGCCACACAACAGCCCUUCACGUUUUAAAAAUGGACUGCCAGGCGUUGAGGAUCAUUGGAGUAUCUAAAGAGCAGCAGCGGGCCAUGGGGGUGAGCUCGGGUCUGGAGCUUAUAACCCUGCCUCAAGGGCAUCAGUUUCGGAAGGACUUGCUGGAAAGGCACCAUCUUAUAGCUCUGGGCAUUGCUGUGGACAUCCUGGGCUGUACAGGGUCAGUGGCUGAACGGGCUGCCACCCUCCACAAGAUCAUCCAGCUAGCCGUGGAGCUAUGGAGGCCAGUUGGCGACCUCUUUGCCUUCUCUGCUGUGAUGAAAGCACUUCAGCUGCCACAGAUCACCCGGCUGGAGCAAACAUGGAGGCAUCUGCGCCAGAGUCACACCGCAAGCGCCAUCGUCUAUGAGAAGAAGCUCAAGCCUCUGUUGGGGAAUCUGAACCGGGCUGAAGGGAAUUCUGUCUUCUCCCCAAAGGAGGUAGCAGUUCCUCAUAUCCUGCCCCUUCUCAGUCUCAUGGAAGGAGAGCAACUAUGGGACGACAAUGAGGAGACGUGUGAUGUCCUCCUGCGGACGCUGGAAGCAGCUCGCUUUGUUGCCACCAACACUGGCGCUUAUCGCAUCAGGGCUGAGGCCAGACUUCAAGAAUUCAAGAGCACCCCAGAACUCCUGGAAGCAUUUCAGACGGAGUUCUCCCUUCGGUUAUUCUGGGGAAGUAAAGGAGCGCAGGCGGAACGGGGCGAACGAUACAAGAAAUUUGAACGGAUCUUGACUGUGCUUUCUCAGAAACUAGAGUGAACUCAUGGGAGAAGUAUUUCCCCAUCCGCCCUCUGCCAGGCCAGCUGGAAUGCAAAGCAAGGGUGGCAAAGAUGAUUAGUAAGCAGUAAAGCGUCACCCAGUGUCAGGAUUAAGACGUUGACUGGGCUGAACUUUGAAGGCCUUCCAAGGAAUGAACGAGCAGGAGGAACUCCUGGGGUAGACAUUCCUUCUAGAUCAAGGGGGGCAGGGCUUUGGAAAGAAGCAAUCUGGAAACUUUUUUAACCUAUGCAAAGGAGCCAGCCUGCAAUAAAGAAAGUAGCGGACGGUUUUUAAUCAGUUUGUGCUAUAAAAAUAACUUUGCUCUCUGCCUAUUCUUGCCGGAUUUAGAAAUGUCACAGCAUUGGUUUACAGACCCCAAAACCAGAAAAUAACAGCUUCCAGGAUUGUUAUCUGCACCCAAAAGUUUAAAUGCGUUAAUAUCCAAGUUAGAAGAGUCCAAGAAUCCAUCCUGAAUAGAAAAGCAAGCUUCCUCACUUGGAAUACUUUUCCUGUUUUUGUAGUUACGAGUCCAUUAUGCAGAGUUGAAAUCUGCAAAUAAUAUUUAUUCCUUUUUCGAAGUAUGAUUCAUGUAUUACAUGGAAAGAAACUUGCCAUCAGUCUUUUUCCCUUCAACUUGAAGAGUACUUGAGAAAAGUACUUUUAUUGACAGAGGUUGUCUUAAGAAGGGUUUUCUCCCUGACCUAUACAAGACCUUGAGAGAAGCUCAAGCAGGGAGAAAGCUUAUAUGUAUCCCCUUUUAAUAUACCACCAGCGGAGGUCCAUAAAAGGUUUCUCCCAGCACCCAAAGUCAGGCAUUGAAGAAUUAGGCACAACAAAGGAAAGACUUCAAACAAAAUUCACAGUGGAAUCCUGUUUUCUCCUGUGAUCCAGAGACAGCCACCAACUUGGAUAACUUUAAUGAAGAAGCAUGAGGUUACCCAUGGCU